AUGGACAAGUUCUCUGCAUUUGGAAAGAACAUAAGUUCUGCUUUCAAUUCCACCGUUUCUCCCUUUGCGCAGCGAAGCCAACAAUAUCUCAAGGAACAAUUCGGUGGAGCAGAGGAUAAGACGCAACUGCCCGCAGACUACAUUGAACUUGAGAAGCGCGUCGAUGCGCUGAAGCAAGUUCAUCAGAAACUGCUGGCAGUCACAAACCAAUACUCCAAUGAAGCUUAUGACUAUCCUCCUAACAUCCGCGAAUCCUUUACCGACCUGGGUCGCAGUAUCUCUGAGAAGGUGACACUUCUCUCUCAUGCGUCUAGCCCUGCCGAAGCGCAGGCUGCCUUCACUGCUCCCCCCUCGGCCAAACCUCAACCCAAGACAUUCAACCAUGCCAUUGCCCGUGCUUCCCUGGCUAGUUCUCAGCUUCUGCAACAGUCAAACACUUCCGGAUCGGGCAAUGACCUCCUAGCCAAUGCGCUGGAAAAAUAUGCCUUGGCUGAAGAGAAGGUUGGAGAGGCUCGAUUGGCACAAGAUCAAGCCAUUCAAUCCCGUUUCCUAGCUGGCUGGACUACUACGUUGAAUACCAAUAUUCAAUUUGCAACCAAGGCUAGAAAAGCCGUUGAAAAUAGCCGGUUGAUGUUGGAUAGCACGAAGGCCUCUAAAAAGAGUCAUGUCCUGGGCCGGGGCCUGAAUCCCGACGACGAAACAGCAUUGAGCGAGGAAGCUCGAGCUGAGAUCGAAGCUAAGGAGGACGAUUUCGUCUCACAAGUUGAGGAGGCACAGGGCGUUAUGAAGAAUGUUCUCGACACUCCUGAACCCCUUCGCAAUUUGGCCGACUUGAUUGCGGCCCAGCUUGAGUACCAUAAGAAGGCAUACGAGAUUCUCUCCGAACUUGCCCCUGAGAUUGACCAGCUUCAAGUCGAACAGGAAAGUAAUUACCGUAAGAGCAGAGAAGGAGCAUGA